UCCAAGCAGCAGAGCAGAACUCCCGGCCGGCACUGGCGCCACAAAACUUGAGCUGUGGGAAAAUGGACAACUUGCUGCGUGUCUGCCGCUCCUGUAGAGCUGUGGGGACCCUCCUCCUGACAGCUCUGAGUUGGAGCAACUGUUUGCCAGUGGGGGAAGAGGCCGUUUGCACAGCCCCGGGUCUGGGGAGGUACACUAUCUCCUUCACUGGGAAAUGGAGCCAAACAGCCUUCCCCAAGCAGUAUCCUCUCUUCAGACCCCCUGCACAGUGGUCUUCUUUACUAGGUGCGACACACAGCUCUGACUAUAACAUGUGGAAGAAGGAUGAGUAUGUCAGCAAUGGGGUUCGGGAUUUUGCUGAAAAGGGUGAAGCCUGGGAACUGAUGAAGGAAAUCGAGGCGGCCGGUGAGAAGAUUCAGAGCGUGCACAGUGUUUUCUCAGCCUCAGCAAUCCCCAGCGGCACAGGAGAGACCUCCACUCAGCUAGAGGCUCAUUCGAGGCAUUCGCUAGUGUCUUUCCUAGUCCGGAUUGUUCCCAGCCCUGACUGGUUUGUUGGAGUAGAUAGUGUCAAUCUCUGUGAAGGAAACCGAUGGAAAGAACAGGUCACCUUGGAUCUUUUCCCCUAUGAUGCAGGGACAGACAGUGGCUUCACAUUCUCCUCUCCCAACUUUGCCACCAUCCCCCAGGAUACGGUGACGGAGAUAACAUCAACAUCUCCCAGCCACCCUGCCAACUCCUUCUAUUAUCCCAAGCUGAAAUCUCUGCCUCCCAUUGCCCGAGUGACCAUGGUGAGAAUCAAAAAGAGGCAGAGGGUCUUUGUUCCCACUCCCCCCGUGGUCCGCAUGGGGAAUGAGAUCGACGAUGCCCUUUCAGAAACACCUCUGGACUGUGAAGUCUCCCUGUGGUCUUCCUGGGGUCUAUGCACAGGCCCCUGUGGAAAGACAGGCGCCAAGAGCCGCACCCGCUACGUCCACCUGCAGCCAGCCAACAAUGGGACACCCUGCCCAGACCUGGAAGAAGAGACUGCAUGUGAACCUGACAACUGUAUCUAAGGGGUGUGGCCGACCCAGCCAGCCAAGUGGCCGGAUCACUUUUGGUUAAUCUAGCUGGGCUGGAGGCAGAAACUGGCUGCGGAGUCAGUCCUGGGGAAUUCAGGUGUGGCCUUGGCUUGGCACGGGGCCUUAUCUAUGGAGCGACCCUCUGUUCAGCCUGGGUGACCAAUUGUGGGAGAUGUUUCUGAUAAAGUCCUAAACAUUCACGCAGUUUUCUGACUUGGGUUGAGCCCAUAGCCCGAAUAAUCUCUCCCAAAAUUGUAGGAGUGCUCACAGUACCCUCUAGUGGCAGAAUGGGAGAUUUCUUCCUACAUGAGUUGGAUUCCCUUCUGAAAACUGGCUUUUCUAAUAUACACGGGACCCAGUACGUUCAUAUCCUUCAGUGCCGGCAUGCCUACUCCCUGAUCCAUCUUCCAUCUCCCACAAUCCCACAUCAAUAAUGAGAUCCUAGGAAAAACAUGACAUUUGGAGAAACAACGUGACAAGGGGCUGUGGCAUGAUGUCAUACGUACUUAAAGGAUCCGUGAUUUCCUGAACGAAGACAAUCCCUCCACUGAGGCAGAUCACAACCCCUCCUCCUACACACCUUAAUAGAUCAUAGGAACACAGACUUAAAGCUCGGAGGGAAAACUUAGAAGUCAUGUAGUCAAACCCCCUCAUUUUAUAGAUGAAGAAACUGAGGACAAAAAAAUUAAGCGACUUGCUCUAAGUUACACAGGUGACAGGGUCAGGAUUUGAACCUAAGUCCUUUGAUUCCAAAUCCUGUGCUCUUGCCACUGACUGCAUCACACUGUCUCCCCUACAUUUUUAUAUGUUGCUGUGGUAAAAAAAAAAAGACACCCCCUCCCCAAACUGGUAAGCCCUACAGAGAUGCGUGUCUCCUCAACUUGGCUACUCUGGUUUAUAGGCACCAGCUACCAGACUUUCCCCCAGGUUAUGCAUUCUAGCUUGAUAGACUGGGAGUUUUUGCUUGGCUGAUCUGACCUUUCAGGACUCAGGGCUACCUCUGCCAGCCGUGGGACCUUUGGAGGAAGUCUUUAGUGGUUAGCCUUGACAGUGGUAGUGUCUCCCCAAAGUUGACCAGGGCAAUGUUACUUGGGUCAUGCCUGAACUAGAACCAGUUCUUCCAGAAAGUUUACUGAUAUAUAUUUGAGGCUAGCGAUAAUGAUGUUCUGGAUUAGGGUUUUUUAAAAAAAACUAAUUUAUUAGCUUUAAGCAAACUUUACAUGGCCUUCCCAUGCAACUUCCCAGGAACCUUUAGGCCUCAGAGGAGUGGAAAUAAGGGAAGGCCCCUCCAGGCAAUAUUCCCAUUUGUCCUCAGGUUGGAGUAAUCCAGCCGCCAGCACCUGAAAUGUGGUUGUGGCUGGGAUCCCUUCUGAUCCAGCCUGUUCCUGUGGUUGUGUCAGAUGGUCACCUGAACAGGGGUAGAAACAAGGGAUGAUAUGAAUGGACAAUCUGGAAAGAUUCACCUCAUUUUA